GAUGAAUUUCAAAGAUAUAUGAGGAAGAAGGUAAUCUGCCUCAACUUAUCCACACUGAAGAUUCCUAUAAGCAGGAACCCAGAAGAGCCCCUGGUGGCUGACCGCCACUCUGUCAUAAAUCAAGCUGUAUCGAAGCCAGAAUUAAAACUGAGAUAUAUCCAAGUGCAGAAAAUCAGAUACAUUUGGGACAACUUGGAGAAGCGGUUUCGGAAAGUCGGGUCACUGGAAGACAGCAACUCCUGCCAUGACAUCCAUCAUACAUUUGGACUGGGUCUGACCAGUGAGGAGCAAGAGGUCAG